AUGGCGACGAAACUACCUCAAGAAUCCAAGGCCGCUGGCACGCCCAAGCAUCGUGCCUGUGAUGAAUGCCGUACUCGGAAGUUGGCUUGUUCAAAGGAUCCGACCGGAUGUGAGAGAUGCAAGAGGGAGGGUAUUUCAUGCGUCUACUCGCCCCAGAAGCCUAUGGGACGGCCCCGAAAACGUCGCGCAAUAGAACAACCCGUCCCCGAGGAUGCAUCUACCGAUGCCUCGCGGCCACAAGUGUUGCCUACCCCCAGAAGGGUGUCUUUUUCACUCUCCUCGCAUCAAGAUCCCUUGGCCAAUGCACACCUUGAUUUUAUGCCCCAGAUCGACGAUGAGCCGCUCAAUUUCUUGGACAUGUUGUCCAACAACCCUGGCGACAGUGACACAGCUCACCUGUACCCGCUUCCACAAGAGCCGUACCUUUCCCUUUCAGGUCCCGGAGAUGGCUCCUUGGGCAGUAACAGCUUUCAAAUAGAAUUCGGAGGCCUGGAUAUUCUUCAGGGCAUCGAUUUCAACGAGCCAGAGCCGACGAGAGGCAGCAUAUCCAAGCAUAUCAAUGACUCCCUACACCAGUACGUGGCAGGCCAGAUGCCGCGAGUCCAGGAGACACCGCCCUCUAUAUCAAGUGACGUUUCUAGCAUAAUCGAAUCUCCCGAGCCACCACAAGCAUCCACGAGCUCAAAACCUCUCCCCAAUUCCACCUGCGGGUGUCUCUCAUCGCUGUAUCUAGCUUUAGACUCGUUGACGCGGCUGCCGUCUGACGUCCCCUCGGCCAUGAGAGUCGCUCGAAACGCGACCAAAAUCUCUCAAGAUGUUCUCGGAUGCCCCCAUUGCUUUCAAUAUUUCUUCACAGACCCUCUACAGCCUCAGCCCGUACAAUCGCUCCAAAAUAUGACGUGCCUGGGGGCUCUAGUCCCCUCGGCGUGCAACGCCUACGCCAGAAUCAUGGAAAUGAUUGACCGCGACGCCGACGCCGCACAUGCUGAUGGCAAGGGGAUAUUUUUCUCCUUCAGGGAGUUUGGUGGCCUCUGGGGUCUUGUCAUGGAUGACCAUGGAGGAUGUGCGGCGUUGAAAGCAAUCGACAAUAGGAAUCUGGACCCGGAUGUGUGGCGGGCGACGGUGCAAUCAAUCCUCAAACUUGACGUCUACGGGCUGGGUGGCAAGACUGGAGACGCGCUGCCCGGUAGACACGCCAUCCUGGGCUUAAAAGAUGUCAUCAACGAGCUGGACAGGUCGACGAAACUGCGGCACCAGAUAGUGGAGGACCUCAUGGCGGCAGGCAAAAUGCCAAAUCAUUCCAGAUAUUAUCUUCAAUACAAUGCGCCGGUUCCGCCGGAGCACAGAAACUGCACGAGGCUUGUGGAAUCGGCCAGAGUAGCACUGAAUAACCUCAGUAUCGGCUGA